AUGGAUCAAGGACCGAUUGCUGGAGUCAUCUGGUCUAUACCGGAAGCUGCGCGUCGAGACAUUGAUACCAGUCAUCAAUUCAGUGGCACAGGUGGUAAAGGUUUUACUUUUGCAUCCUUAUUGAAGGGUGAACACUCAUCCUUUCUCAUCACGACCUUUGCUCCACAGCGUGUUAUUCUAGAUCAUGAUCAUACAGUUAUCUACCUGACCCACGGCGGUGGCUCUAGCGCCAAUGAGGGUCUGUACCACAGGAAACCAAUGCUGGCUAUAGGAUUUUUCUUCGAUCAGAUCUCCAACGUACCCCGACUCGUCGCAAGCGGAACCUCUGAAGCUUUAGAUAAAUUCCGCUUCACUCCAGAAGAAGUCUGUCAAACAAUCAAGCUGUUAUCAGAGGACAUCGAUGGAUUAUACAAGCGCAACUGCACACGUAUGCAGCGGAUCGCCAGAGCUGCAUCACGUCGCAAGGAACUUGGUGCUGAUCUUAUCGAAGAGGUCAUGUAUGAUACUGAAGGACGAUUUGAUGGUGAGAAGGAACUGCGACCGAUGCAUCUGCAGACAGCUGAUAUGCGCAUGUCGACUUUCAAGGCUAGGAACUGGGACCUAUGGCUGGUUGGGUUGGUCACUCUGGGAGUUGUGCCUUUGGCUUCUAUUAUUGUUGGGAAGUGGGCUUGGACAGAGAAGAGGACUAUUGGUCAUUGGGUUGGGGGAAACUGCCAAGAGCUUGAUAGGCUGAUUGCAAUAGUAUACCGAGCAGAUUGUAAUGUCUGA